UCUUACUCUUUCUGUGGUGACUUCAGUUUUCAUUCUUCUUUUACCUCUUCUCCUUGUACAUAGCACCAAUGCCAAACAUAAUAUAUCAUCCAAACUCACUCAGAGGGAGAGACAAUAUUCUCUCGGCAUAAUCAUUUUUGAUUAUCAACUUACUCUUUCACAUUUCCCAUUGCUAGAAAGAAUCUCAUUUCUUUUGAUGGGUUGUUUCCAGUCCAAAGAUGCUGAUCAUGUGAUCACUUCUCCUGAUCAUCCAUCAGUUCAGCACCAAUUAGAAUCAGUAACUGAGGACCAAGUGGAGCAGGAGAGUCAGGUACCAUGUUUCAAACGCUUUGCAUUACGUGAACUGUACGAUGCAACAAAUGGGUUUAGUGGCAAAUGCAUUGUCCCUGGAGGUGAGAUGCAAGCUCUCAAUCUGGUUUACGGAGGAAUGAUCGAAGGCACUGGUCUCGUCGCCAUCAAGCGACUCUCUAAAUUGACUUGGCCUGAUGCUCAGCAGUUUGUGAAUCAGGCGACUGCUGUUGGAAAUCUUAGGUCCAAGAGAUUGGUCAAUCUGCUUGGUUAUUGCGUUGAAGGAGGCGAGAGAUUGUUGGUGGCUGAGUAUAUGCCCUAUGGUACUCUCUCAAAGCAUCUUUUUCAUUGGAACAGACAGGAAAUUCCUUGGGAAAUGCGUGUUCGAGUUGCAUAUUAUAUCGCACAAGCACUUGAUUACUGCAACAUUGAAAACCAAAAGAUCUAUCAUGAUUUAAGUGCAUCCAGAAUCCUCUUUGAUGAGGACGGUGAUCCUCGUCUAUCAACGUUUGGUCUUAUCAAGAACAGUAGAUACGGAACAAGAUAUAGCACUAACUUGACUUACACUCCACCAGAGUUUUCAGAAACAGGUAUAAUCAUUCCUGAAAGUGUGAUUUACCAUUAUGGAAAUGUUCUUAUAGAACUUGUGAGCGGCAAACACAUUCCACCGAACCAUGCUUUUGAUAUCAUAAUGGAGAAAAAUGCGAUGCUACUCAUGGAUUCAUCACUUGAAGGGAGAUUUGAGAGUGAAGACGCGACUAAGCUUCUUAAUCUUGCUUCAAAAUGUCUUCAAAAGAACCCGGAAGAUCGACCUGAUACUGAAUCUCUUGUCUCUGCAGCAGCACCACUACAAAAAUUGGAAGAGAUUUCAUCUCAUUUCUUGAUGGGUCUGCCUAAGAAUCCAGUGUUACUACCAUCCAUGCCUUCUCCUCUCAGAAAGGCUUGUUCUCGGAUGGACCGCGCUUAACUGGUUUAAACAAAGAACU